CGACUUCUUGUGUCACUUCUCUUCCAUUUGCCGGCUGUCUACGCCACAUAUGAAUAUUGCCCUCGCCUCCUCUUUUCUUUUCUUCUUCUUCUUCUUAUUCGGCUUAGCUUGAACACCCCCCCCCCCCCCCAACCCCGGGGGUCUUCCUGAUUCACUGCCCCACAUAAACCAUAUAGCUGCCAAGAAGUCCAAGAAGAUAUAGACACUCUUUGUGUGGAUCCCACCAGUUUGGGUCUCUUCUUUUUCUUUGAUUUUGCUGUUUGAUUUUUAGCCGAGCUGGAUCCAUCUUGGAGAUCUUAGUACUCUUCAAUUCAAAUCCAGUGUCUUUCUUAGGCAAUUCUCUUUAUCUUCUAUCUUUUGCGAUUGAUCUGGUUAUUUGGUGGGCUUCGUGAUUGCUGCCACUUUCUACUUGCUUAUGGGUUCUGCAGAGGAUAAAAUAGACCUUGACUCGGAUGAGGAGAUUGCUUUUAGACCUUCACCAUCUACAACAAAAGUCCAUACUUUUGAUUUUGAGACAGCAAAUGUACUUUCUCCUGUAAAUUUGGCCAGCUCAUCCUUCUUUAAGCGGACACAGAUCCGGCCUAUCAGGAGCAUGUAUAAUGUCUUAAUUAAAGCAAAGAUCAACAUGUUGCUACCUUUUGGUCCCUUGGCGAUAUUGCUACAUUAUGUGACACAAAAGCAUGGAUGGGUGUUCUUUUUCAGCUUACUGGGUAUUACUCCUUUGGCAGAACGCUUGGGUUAUGCUACAGAGCAGCUUGCAUUGUAUACUGGACCAACAGUCGGAGGUCUUCUGAAUGCCACAUUUGGUAAUGCCACUGAAAUGAUUAUAUCAAUUUAUGCUUUGAAAAAUGGGAUGAUUAGAGUCGUUCAGCAGUCUCUAUUGGGCUCAAUUUUAUCAAACAUGCUUCUCGUUCUUGGAUGUGCGUUCUUUACUGGAGGGAUUGUCCACCAAAAUAAGGUUCAGGUUUUCAACAAGGCAUCUGCUGUUGUAAAUUCAGGGCUGCUCUUGAUGGCUGUGAUGGGAAUAUUAUUUCCUGCUGUGCUUCACUUUACGCACUCAGAGGUUCAUUUUGGAAAAUCAGAGCUAUUGUUAUCCAGAUUUAGUAGCUGUAUAAUGCUAGUGGCAUAUGCAAGCUACCUUUUCUUUCAAUUAAGAAGUCAGCAUAAUCUUUAUAGCCCUAUUGAAGAGGAAGAUGGCAAUAGUGAAAAUGACGAUGAGGAAGAAAUUGAAUUAACUAAAUGGGAAGCAAUAGGCUGGCUUGCUAUUUUGACUGUAUGGGUAUCUGUAUUGUCUGGAUACCUUGUGGAUGCUAUAGAGGGGGCAUCUGAGUCAUUGCAUAUGCCUGUGGCUUUUAUUAGUGUCAUAUUGCUUCCAAUUGUAGGCAAUGCUGCUGAGCAUGCAAGCGCCAUCAUGUUUGCCAUGAAGGAUAAGCUUGAUAUCACACUUGGAGUUGCUAUUGGAUCUUCUACACAGAUAUCUAUGUUUGUGAUCCCUUUCUGUGUUGUUAUUGGGUGGUGCAUGGGAAAAGAAAUGGACUUGAAUUUUCAACUCUUCGAGACCGCCACACUUUUUAUCACAGUGCUAGUAGUUGCAUUUAUGUUGCAGGGUAAUUCCAGCUCGAAAGACUUACUCCAGUAAAGAAGGCAAGGCAGAGAGGCUUAUUGGACAAAGGAGUGACUGUAUCUGACGCUAAGGGAGGUCAUGGGAGCGUAAUGUAUUAGCGAGAAAGAGAUGGCAAAGGGCUUAAUAUGGGUUAAGGCAGUGAAAAAGGGGUGCGAAGAAGAAUCAUAUUGGGGGCCUUGCUGUCCUGCUUUUAAUCUUUCUCAGUGUCAUCAAUAGCGAAGAAUUUCAAUAUUGAAGGAUGUUUGUCUUGUCUAUGCUAUGUUGGUCUUGUAUCUCUGUUUGUCCUGGUAUAAGUAUGUUGCAGUGUAUGGUCAAAAUUUCAGUGCUCUGUUUGGCGUUGAACUGUGCUAUUAUUAUUUUUUUUUUUGAAAUCUAAGCUCCACUUUUUUUUGGGCAUUGUAGCCCCUAUCAUUGAUGUUUAUGACAGCUGUCUCCACAUUGCUUU